AGCCCAAAAAAUUGAGGGCAAUUUCGUUAUUAAACAUAAAAAACUAGGGUUUCAAAUCUUUUUUCCAAAUAAAAGGGGCAAAAAUUUAUUACUUUUAUUUCUUUUCACCAUUCAAAAAGCCCAGUGAGUGCCGCAGCUUCUCUUUACUCUGUAAUGGCGAAGUCAAAGAAUCACACGGCUCACAACCAAUCUUACAAGGCUCACAAGAAUGGAAUCAAGAAACCCAAGAGGCACCGCCACACUUCCACCAAAGGGAUGGAUCCUAAGUUCUUGAGGAACCAAAGGUAUGCAAGGAAACACAACAAGAAGAAUGGAGAAUCAGCCAAUGAAGAAGAGUAGGCUUUUAGUGGGGUAAAAGAAAAUUCUAGCCUGGGUUAGGGUUUUCUAAUUAUGGUUGUUUUGUUUGUUUCAAUGGAGAUUAGGGCUUUGUUUUUUUCAACAUAAGCACUAUUUUGAUGAUUAUCUUUGUUAUAAAAUAUUUGAAGCUUUGAGCUUAUCAAUAUUGAGAACAUGUUUCGAGUUUA